UGCCCCACAUUUUAAGGGUCACUGUCUGUGACUCACAGACAGUGAAAAUUUCAACCGUGUCAAAUAUCAAUGUAUCUAUCGCAGGCAAACUGAAACACCUUGCUUGUCAAUUGAACAAAUAGUGGGUAGUCAACUCUUCGCGCUACCUACAUUCUGCCACCUUUACCAGUAGUUGUACCAGAGUGUCAAGCAAUUUCCUAUAAAAUUUAAAUGGGUUCGAUUUAGUCUAUUUAGAAGCUUAGCUUACUUAUUUUGAAUAUUAUUUUACAUGUGUCUAGACACUAGAAGAAGGGGAACCGCAAGCCAAGCGCCGCAGGAAGAAUAAAUUGAUCAUAGACAAGAACCAUCAGCUCUCCAAGAAGUUCCUUCGGGCUAGGAUCGAGAACAUUCAUGUUGACUUACGUUGUGAGGAUUUCUCCGAAGACAUCGUAGACCUGCGCGUGCCGGCGGAGCUGCUGCUGCGCCGUCCGGCGCGCGCGGGCGCGCGCUUCGCCUGCCCGCUGGCGCGCGCACUCAGCAGGCUCUACUCCAGGAACCUGGGCCUGGCCGCCGCCGCGCAUGUCGAGCAGAGAGAAAUGGAGCUCGCUCUCGCUUCGCGCGCUCAGGCCCGCCACCGUCCAAGUCCUCGAGCCUAUCCCCGAAGAACCCCCUCAAGUGCCAGAACCACAGGUGCAAGUGCCUGAACCACAAAUACCAGAGCCGCAGCUGCCGCUAGAGCAGUCCGUUCUGAACCAGUCUGCUGCGGUGCCGGAUCUGAGCGCUGUCGACGUGCAGAAGGAUAUUGAAGACGCGCAAAAAGACCUUGCCGAUCUGCCGACCCAGAAAUUGGCGGCAGCAACGCAGAAGAGGGCUUCGCGGGAGGAUCUUAAUACAAGUCAAACGAAAAAGUCGAGAUGCGGAUAUACAUCCUUCAGAGCGAGUCAAUCCCAAAACCUUGUUCCGCCAGAGCCAGAAAUCGUCGAAAAAGAGAACAUCCCAGCCAACUGGCAGACAAUACCGCCGCGCACCGAAGAACCGCUGACCAUGCCAGAGAUCGAGAUACAACGGCCGUCCGAUCCCGAGCGCAUCCUGAGCUCCAUGCUGCACGCGGCGGGCCUGGCCGACGUGCAGGCUGCGCAGGCGCCCGCGCCGGACGAGCCGCGCAGGAGCCGGCGCCGCGCCAGCGCCAGCUCCGAGACCAUGCUGGGCAGUCUCGACCGCACCAAGGUGUCGCUCGGCGACUCCGACCAGACUACCGACUCUAAGAGGUUUAUUCGUGAUCAAUGGGGCACUGAGGGCACGAUGGUGAAGAUUUUGAAGAUGGUUAAAGCGGAGAUCCAACCCCUGGAAAUAAACACUCUCAUGUCGAACGGGCCUAUGGUUCCUGGCUAUAAGGGCAUUAUCGCGGCACGAUGUUUCACUUCAAUAUUGAAACUCAAGCAACAUGGCUUUAUAAAAGUACGCAAGGAUCCGGACACUUUGGAGAUACUCGACAUUUUUUUGGGACCUAAAUUUGAUAUAUAAAAUUAAAAAUAUGUAUACAUAUAUUUCAUUCCUCGCAUAUGCAUUAUUUUUAGCUUGACAAAAAUGUGUCCUUAUUUUUUUAUUUAUACUCUGUUGUUGUUAAGACAUGAACUUAAAUGAUACAUUUUUAUUAUUGUUGGUUACUAAUUAGUAAUGUACUUUGAUUUUUUCUAAUGAUGAUGAUUUAAUCUUGUAUUCUUUAUUAACGUUACUUACACCGCUUGACGUUAGAUUAAGUUGAUAUUGAUUUGUUACUGUUCUGACUAUUCUAAUCUGUUAAGUUUAUAAUGUUGAUAAUUUCAAUUGUUGCGUUUAUAUAGGUGUGUUUACUUAAUAAAAGUAUUUAGUAUAUAAUUUGACUUAUUUUUAAAAUAAAAAAGACAAUUGAUAUGAACAAUUUAAUUGAAUAAUUUGUAUAUAAUGAUAUGAUUUCUGUACAGCUGUACAUAAGUCAUCAACUAGAUUCAAGUCAACUAGAUAAAUUUAUGAGUAUCUUAAAUUGUAGGUAGGUAGUGGCUUAAUAAUUUACAAAACCUUAACAUCGCCUUUGAAAUCUGUACAAUAAACAGUUGACUUAAAUAAUUAUCGAUAGGUAGUUUAUAGGCUACAUUUAAUCUUAUGUUACAUAAAAUACAGUCAUAUACUACAGAAUUGGAAUAUUUUUAAUUUCUAAUUCAGUAACACUUAUUCACAUGUAGGCAAUAUUUAUACAUAGAAACAAAAGUACAGAGAAAGCAUUUAAUAGGGCAUUAUUGAGAGGAAAUUCCCUAACUUGGUAUAAGCUAUCACUAUGUUUUAAUAAUUUAUACAAAAUCAGUCUCCUACUAUUUUGUUACCGAGCGCUGUCGUAUGCAACGUGUCGCACGGAGCCCUAGUUGAAACUAACCCCAUUACCCCACGCUACUACGCGACGGUUCACGUGCUAUGCGAUGCUAGGACGUUCACAUCUGGACAUUAGAUUUUUUUAAACAAUAGUAUAUAAAUAAUUAAUCGAUACUUACACCCAAUGCUUACCGUGUGAACCAUUUCCGUAAUAUCUCUAAUGCUAAGUACCCCCUUACAUGAAAUGAAACACAACUACAAGCACACAUAUUGUUUCACAGCCUUGCUACAGUCGUUCCAAGCUCUCACUCAAUUUAUAUUUAUAGUUACAGUCAGUUCUUAUAGCCUUAGGAAUGACGUGACAUUUUAUAAAAUAGCUACCGUUACGGCACAAAUCCUUUAAUUAUACAAGGAGUAUCUCAGAGAUAAUACAAGCGCGCCAUAUUUGCAUAAGUAUGUAUAUUAAUAGUAACUAUUAUAAGUAAACAAUCGAAUAACAGCUGACAAUUAAUAAUAAAUAUUGUUUUCUUUUUUCUUCUCAAGCAACCUCAUUUCAUUAUGGAAAGCAACGGAGACAAGGAACAUUAUAUGUACAAUUGCGCAGUAUUAGAGCCCAUUUAGACGGUACGAGUACUCGCAUACGAGUUUUAUUACAUUGCGGUAUUUGAUGG